GGUUGAAGAGCGGAAUAUCGACCGGUAAAAGAAUUGCGAAUACGAUAUUGGACCGCUUGCCGUAAAUCCGUGGCCUUAUAACGACCGACAGAACAAUCGCGCACAUGGCGUCAGGCAAGGCGUCGACGGCCAAGGAGCAGGCGGGUCUCCGGUACCCGUCCAACGGCAAGACCAUCUACCACCGGCCGCUGAACCGCAGCAAGACGGCCGAGCUCAGCCAGGCGAGCUUUGCCUACCUGUUUUCCGAAAUGGUCAGCUACGCGCAGAGGAGGGUAACGGGAAUCCAAGAUUUGGAGAAGCGCCUUAACCUCCAAGGCCACCCAAUCGGCCUGAAGCUGCUCGACCUGCUCCUGAUCCGCGAGCCGCCCCGGUCGCAGACGCGGCCCUUGACCAUCAUUGCGCUGCUGCACUUCAUCAAGAUCAACGUGUGGACGCACCUGUUUGGGCGGCAGGCCGACCGGCUCGAAAAGAGCUCGAGCCGCGACACGCCCGACGAGUACAUGAUCAUCGACAACGAGCCCCUCGUCAAUGCCUACAUCAGCGUGCCCCGCGAAAUGAGCCAGCUCAACUGCGCCGCCUUCGUCGCGGGCAUCGUUGAGGGCGUCUGCGACGGCGCUGUGUUUCCUGCCAAAGUCACGGCCCACACCGUCGGUGGUAAGGAGGAGGGCGAGAUGUGGCCUGGCAAGACGGUGUUUUUGGUCAAGUUUGAGCCCGAGGUUUUGGAGAGGGAGGCGUUGAUUGGCAAGGGGUAAAAUCAAGGGGAAACUUUGGGUGGUAUUACGGGAGCUGGGCUGCUGGGUUACUUGUUCAUCUUGGGGUUUUGAGGCGCUUGGGGGGUCGGUUUGUCUUUUUCUGGGAUUGAUUGUGGUUCAUGGGCGAGGAUCAAGUAGAGCAUUGAUAUCCACUGUCACGGUUGCGGAGGGGGUGGCUAGACAAGGUUGAGGGUUGAGCAUGCUUGUCAUAUUGUGAAAUUGUCCGUAACGCCAUCCCUGGGAAUCGCCAUUCUACCUUUCCCGACCGACGCCUAGCAAUGCGAUGUGUAAAAAUACCCGAAAAGGAAAAGAAAACGCUGCCGUCGGAU